CGUGUUAGUAGUCUAUAGUCACAGCAUUUUACGUAAUUACGUGUUUUUAUUUCCUUCCUCAAGUUGAGUCCGUCGCAAAGUAUAUAAUAUCUAGAGUGCCCACUGCUUACUGCCUAGUAAGUAGUAGUAGCUUGUAGCUACUUAAUGCCGCUGGUGUAGUGUCCCUUCGUUCGAUAUCUUGUACGCUUUUUAUUUUUUACGCCCCUAAGUGGACGAAUGACAUUGUGCAACAGGUGUAUUUGAACCUCUGAGCUAUUUCCAACGGCCGAUGAGUCCAUCAUCGUGGAAGUGGUGAUAAUAAUGACACCAUCACUUAACAGUUGACAUUUAGAUGGAACGAGAUCGUCCGAUGAUGACAAAGUUGGAAAUCAAAAGCAAAUUUGACGCCGAGUUCCGUCGUAUCUCGUUACCCAAAACAGAUGUUGGCACUUACGAACAAUUCAGAAUUCUUAUUGAACGUCUACAUAAGUUAAUUGAGGUGCCAUUUGUACUGUCAUAUACGGACCCAAAGGAUGGAGAUUUAUUACCAAUCAACAACGAUGAUAAUCUCGGACGAGCGGUUUUAACAGCCAAACCAUUGUUAAGGAUAAUUGUACAGCGUAAAGGUGAAAGUCUUGAAGAAUUAAAUGGGUAUGGUUCAUAUAGGCCUCGAAAUAUAAUAUCAUCAAUUUUGGGUGGUACACCUAGCAAAGCAAAACAUCUUUGGAUAUCAAACCCUCAGGAUUUUCGACAGGUGUCCGCGAUCAUAGACGUAGACGUAGUUCCAGACACGUGUCGGCGAGUUCGACUACUUAAACAUGGUUCAGAACGGCCAUUAGGUUUCUAUAUUAGAGAUGGCACAAGUGUGCGAGUUAGCCCUUCUGGUGUGGAAAAGGUUCCUGGUAUUUUCAUUUCCAGAUUAGUUCCAGGAGGCUUGGCAGAAAGUACUGGGCUUUUAGCUGUCAAUGAUGAGGUUUUAGAAGUAAAUGGUAUUGAAGUGGCCGGAAAAACUUUGGACCAGGUAACAGAUAUGAUGGUAGCUAAUAGUCAUAACCUAAUUGUUACUGUAAAACCAGCAAAUCAGCGAACCACAAUGUCAGCACCCCGGCGAGGUUCCUUAUCAAGAACGUCACAAUUAUCUAGUGGAUCACAACAAUCAGCACAUAGUGCCGCUACCACAGUUAACACCUCUGAAGAAGACGACCAAGAUGAAGUGGUAGAUUUGACUGCAGGUUUAGCUUUACAAGUAGCAAAUGAGUCUACUAGUACUGCAGACCAGUAGGCAUUAAAGGUACAUGUUACUGUUUCUCAAGAAAUUAACUAUGAGUCUAAAAAAGAAAUGAGCUUAUAAUGAGCUUGUUAAAUUAAUAGGACAUUAGCAUUCCAAAUAAAUUAAAUGAUAAAUAAUUACUUUUAUUUAUAAUGUUAGAUAAUUUGUCUUCCACUUCAUGUUUUCAAUUGUUUAAUUGUUGUAGCUUAGUAUGUGUGUUUUAUAAAAUAGUUAAACUCGAAAAAUUAAUACUAACCUAUUAUUACAGGGUGACACUUAAUUUAAUACUACUUCAUACUACUUGGAUUCUAUUACCUACAAAAUUCCAUAACCCAAAUUACAUUAAAAAAAUGAAAAUAAAGUUUCCUUGUGAAUGAUUGCUUUUUGCUUGCAGUAACACUGAACUUUAAAAUCAAUUUUUUUGAUGGUGAAACCCUAUUUUAUUAAAUUUCUACAAUUCUGUUGGUAACAAUAUCAGAAUCAUUCAAUACAUUUUUUCAUUUCCUUCUGAUCUCAAGAAAAAAAAAUAUCAUAACUUUUAUAAAAUGAUAGGUAUCCAAAAAAAAUCUGUUUAUAACCUUAACAUUCCAAUAUCACUCAAAAUAUGUAGACUGAAAAUAGACAAAUUUCCUUUUAGUAAAUAUUUUUUUUAUCUCUUAAAUCUGAUCUAAUAUAAUUAUUUCUUUAUAAAAAUUAAUAAUUUUUAAUGUCAAUAUAAUAUGUACAUUUAGUGACUGGUUUUGUGAUAUUAUUACACACUAUUUUAUAACUUACAUGUACUCAACAUUUUAGUAUAUUUAACAUACUUGUAGUCUACCACUAAAGGUUAAAUAGUGACUAAACAAAUUUAUAUAGUUUUUGAUAAAAUUUAUUCGCAUUAUUUCUAACAAUCUAAAAUAAUUAUUUUCAAAUAAGUAAAGUUUGCAAACAAAUAUCCGUCCAUUAUAGGUAUAUAUUCAGUUCAACUUAAGAAACAUAUUAGGCCGUGACCUAUUUUAUCAGGGGGUGGUCAAGCAAUACCUAUUUGUUACCUACACUGGUUCAACCAAUUGUGGAACUGCCGUGUGUAGUGAGGUGGGAACAAUUUGGCCUCCAAGCAUGUUUCAUAAGUUGAACAGAGUAUAGAUAUAUAUAUUUUUUUAAUGUUGCAUGUACUUCUUGUAUACGUCAUUUUGUGUUGAUCAUCAUUAUUACUUAGUAUUAUCAUUAUUA